ACGUGCAACACGAGUGUUUACAUUAGGGGAAAGAAAUUGUGAUUGUGAUAGGCAAUUGAAACUCAAGUCAGAAUUUAGUCCUGCUACGCAAUUAAUAUGUUCAGAAUAUGGUCCCUGCUCUUUUAGUACGUUUUAAUCUUCUUGUAUGUGGUUGUCAGCUGACGUUGGCUCAUUUGUUUUACUUAACAUUAGCUAACUAACGUUAGCGAUAGCCAGAUAGCUCGAGUCAGGUUAGGAAGGAAGCCAGCCAGCCCACCUGACAAGAGUUUGCUGUCUGAUUUGUAAACGCAAAGAAUCGCCGCGCUAGGUCAAGACCCUUGAAAAUUGGUGAUCAUGGGUCGGCUGGAUGACGCCGCAAAGCGCAAAGUGGUGGAGCUGCGCGAGGCUGGUUUGAGUUUUCGGAAGAUAAAGGCGGUUCUGGAGCUGGAGAACAUCAAGGUGUCCGCACAAGCUAUCUAUUUGUUUCUCAAAGAGUACAAUGGCAGGAACGGGACAAACCUGGCGGCGGCGGCAAGGGGCGUUGCUGGUGUUCAGGCCACCGCGGUGGGCACUGGCGACAGCGGCCCCGCCAGCAGGAACAACAGCUGGAGGGACCGACAGCUAGGGAGCCUGAUGCGGGAAGCUUCCCGGGUUGCUGGAUUUUCCACAUCCCCUGACCCUGCUCAUCAUCAGGGAGGGCCUUCGGCUGAAGAGAGGGGCUCAAGAUCCAUAGGUGGCGGGAGCAGAGAGGACAGUGGGGGCAGAAAACAGGACGAGGAGGAGGAUAUUCGCAUCGUCAGCGUCACGUCUCUGGCACAGCGACCUCGCCAGGAUGGGACUCAGGCCCAGCGGACAAACAUGACCACGGGAGUCGGAGCCAUGACGGGGAUCUUCGCACGGAGACGUCUCACUGCCUCGCCAGCCACCAACCCGGUUCUUUUAGCCCGCAAAAGGCUGCUGGACAAAGCCAUGCUACACAGAGCAAGGAUGAGAGAUGGUGGUCCUUCACCUGCCCAGCAGGUGGCGCCCCAGCCGAGGAGAGAUCAGUCGUGGCGCAAUAUGAUGAUGCCAGCGGUGUCCUCCUCAAUUGACCUCACGGCGCCCAGGCCCCAGCAAGUGAGGGGGAUUGCGGACGGUCAUCCCGACGCCAGUCUGGCCAGACGAGGCUUCCAGCAGCGGAUAGCAGUCCCGCCCCCCCGAGUGGGCGUCCGACUCCCCAGCCCCACCGGCCCGGGCCCAAGCGCGACCGCCCAGGCGACCUCCGCCGCCACCAACCACAACCACAACCACAACCCCGGCGGCGUCCGCAUCCAGCACCCGGCCAGCCAGCAGCAGCGGAGGGAGCCGUCGCCCGGCUACCAGCCCGGGGCCCUGGAGGCGCUGCGCCAGUGUCUGGGGGAGCAGGUGCAGGGGCUGGGCUCGGAGGUGCGCAGCCUGGCGCUGGCGGUGCGCAUGCUGGUGGAGCAGCAGGGGCGGCUGGAGCGCGAGCAGGUGCAGCAGACGCAGGUGCAGAAGCAGAUCCUCAGCACGCUGCAGUUCCUCGCCUCCCGGCCGACGACCUGCGCGCUCGCCCACGCCACCCCGACGCCUCCUCCUCCUCUUCCUCCUCCUUCGUCGGUUCCCUCGUCCUCCCUGGCGGCGGCAGCGUCCUCGUACAGCCAGAGCACCGCCUUCACCUCCCCGCAGAGCAGCUACUCUAUGAGCGACAGCUCCGCAAUGGACGCCGCGGGCACGUUCAACUUCUCCGGAAUGAGUUCGGCGGGAGGAGGAGGAGGAGGAGGAGGCAUGAACGGCUUCAGCGGCUCAGAGAGUCUCCACGCGUCACACUCGCACUCCCACGCACUCACACACACCACGUCGCCGGCUUACUCGCAGUCCCUCACACACACGCCUCCGGACUACACUCAGACCCUGGUGCAGUCGCACUCUCAGAUGGCGAGUCCAGCUCUGGGUCAGGGGCAGGGUCAGGGUCAGGGCCUGUCUCACGCAGAUGCUUUUGUGGACAGGAAGGACUCUGAACUCUCAGCUGGCCAGGUGGGCGUCAACCUCCAGGACUGCAGCGCCUCCAUCCCGGCCCUGUCCCCCCUCGCCCUCUCGCCCCACGAGCCGCAGCUCCUCAACAUCAUCAAGGUGGAGAGCAUCUGACCACCACAGGGACACUGAGAGCACAACCCAAGUGCCACGCCAAUAAAAGACAUGGAGAUAGAACAUAAGACAUGGGCACAUUUUCACCAACUGUCCGCAGUGCAUACGUGCUACUGCCACAUCUGUUGUAGCCGGUUCCAUGGAUUCUAGGGGAAGCUUAGACUGGGUAAAUCCAGCCCGAUCUGCCGGCGAUUGGAUUUCGCUCUGCAGCUCAGGCUGGGAAACCUUUACAUGCACAUUUAUCUCUCCAGCUUCCUGUCCAUGUAUGCUGGAACCAAUCACAAUCUAGCUUAUCCAUCAGGCACACCCGGAUCAUUGAUCUGAUUGGUUGAAGGACUAUCCAAAUGCGUACAGAGUAAUUUGAACGAUGCUCACUGAUCACGCCUCUUGUGCAGCAGAAAUACAGCGCAGACUCCCCAGACUGAUGUUCAAUCUUAAAAGAUUGAGCUUAUUCUGGUGAUAACCAGACUAGGGGAAGGUCAUUUUCCACUUCAGUUGUACAAUCGCUUCCUCCAUCUAUCUGGACCUCCAACUAGGCUCCAGAGGGUGCCUCUCAUUUGGGCUUUUAUACGUCCUCCCUCGCUCCUCGGGCCUCGAUCCUCACUGAUCUACAUAAAGAAUGAUGGGGCGAAGACAAUGGGAUAGUCUGUCCAGUGCUGGUAAUAGAUCAGUGGGAAUACCCCUCGAGGAUCGAGCAUCGAGGAUCGAGGAGGCAUGUUGAGAAGCACCUAUAGUAAGAGACACUCGAGGUAGGUUACUCGUGUAUGAACAGUGUACGCCAGGGAUAAAGGACCAUGUGCCAAACUGUGCCCACCUGUGCCAGCAUCUUUGGUAUUUAUUCGUCAUCAGGUACAGUGCCUUCUAAAAGUAUUCCAUCUGCCUGAAAGCCAUCAUAAUUUUUAUAUACUUUGAUACAUUUUUCCAAUUAGAACAUAUAGCUGUAGCUCCAUGUCAUGUCCAUAAUAUGGCAAACAAUUAUUUUGUAUCUCCAAGGACAAUUUAUAGAAAACGGUUGUAAUUGACCUAUUUAUAAUAUUAGUGGACCAGUAAAUUGUUUGAUUAGGGGUAACUUGGGGAAGUGUACACCCACACUGGAAAUAUUGAAAGGAAAAAUGUUUCUAAGUUACCUUAAGAAAUAAGGUAAAAUAGUGAUUACUUUCAUAGGCUUAAAUACUUUUCCGAAGCACUGUAUUUUCCUUAUCACCAAUAACUAUUCAUUCUGUCAUUGUUACUGAAUGUUGAAGCGCUAGAAAAAUAAUACUGAAUUUAAUUGAAAUAAAAAUGGAUUCUACAAAAAAAGUAGAAUAUGUUGGUGACCAGAGUGGCAAAAAGGCCAUGAUCGUCAGCUCCAUGAUCUCACAAAGACUCAUAUCAUCACACAACCAGGAAUUCUCUCAAAUAAGUUGGGAGUUCUGAACUUUAGUUCCUGAAUUGAGAAUGUGGUGAGAUUUCUAUUUGUACCGUAACACAUAUGGUACUUACAUACAAAUGCUAAAACCUUUUCAAUUGACCAAGUUGUAGAUCACGUUUUGUUUGUGCUGCUGUUUCUGAUUGGCUGCAGACUGUUACUGACCAAAAGCCUUUGUGUUGUGCGGGGCCUGUUCAUAUCCAUGCUCUCUGUUUGAUUAUUAAUACUGUAGUCUCUCAAGGAUUCACUCCAGGUGUUGCGUAACAGUAAAUAAACAUUCCCAUUUUAAAGGUGUGAGACGGAACCUCUGGUUUACUGUUGUCUUACAUUUAAGAAAAUCAAAAGGAUUUCAGUGUUAUGCACGGUAUUGAUGUAAAGAAAGUAAAUGUUGAUGUACUGUAGAAUGUGGAAACAGUAGUUUUACAUCUUGUGUGCAUCACAAGCAAAAGGAAAGAACAAUAUUCUGUGUUGUGAAACACUUACGCCCAUACAGCAAAACUGACAAGCAAGUGCUGGAAUCAUCUCCUUGACGCGGACCAAUUUGCUCCUACUCUUAGGAUUUCCCUGUUCAUAUUCCCACAAAUCCUGAUUACUCCUGUGUACACCUUAAUGUUGUGAUCCCCGUAGGUAUUUUAUUGGGCGUAUACUAUGACUGCAAGCAGGUGUUUUAAAGACAUGAUCACACAUUGUAUCCUGACCCAAGUUCAGGCUACUUCUGUCAACUUAUUUUGAUACUAGUAGCUAAGUAUAUUCGGGUGCACAUUGGAGUAGCAUAUCUGCCAGAUAGUCUCACUGUAAAAUGUUAAAUAUUGAUCAGGUCAAAGGAGACCGAGUGCAUUAAAAAAAAAAAGAUUCACAACGUUGAUUGAAAAAGUAUUGUGAUCACGAUCAUUAUUUUGAUUGUGUGGGGGCAGUGGUGGUAGGGUAGUGGCUAAAGAGCCGUGCUGGCUAGCAUGCAUUUGCAGUGGCAAGAAACUCCCCCAGAAAUUCCCAACUGCCACCGUUGUGUCCUUUAGCUGGCACUUAGUUGCCCAGGGAGACGGGCCCUCUGGAUGAAAGUGUCAGCAAAUAUGAAUACGUAAUAAUAAUGACAAUUUGAUCACUAUGGUCAGAUCUGGUCAAGUAGAAACCACAUCCACAGCAAUCAGAGGACCUUCCGCCUCAUCUCGAGGAUCAGUUCCUGGCCUUAUAGGUCUGUUUUCCCCACAUGUUGUCAUCAUUUUUUGUGCUUUUAGUCAAGAAAACCAAUUUUCUUGAUACAAAUGUUUUGCAAUAACUUUCUCAGUCAACAGAGAACGCUACAAAAUGGGACAUCUAUAUUUUCUAUAUGUGUGUGUGUGUGUGUGUACAUGUGUCUGUGUACAUUUAUUUUGACAUGUGCUCUUCAUGCUUAUUUAAAGGUUUUUGACAAUAAAAG